AUGAGUCGUUUACUUUUACGCAGUAUGCCGUUACUCUGUGUUAUUGUUUUGAUUCUAUCUACCUUUACACAUCUGCGUGCGGAGGCACGUGCUUCCACAGAAUCAGAAUUACGCUGCACCCCUACAGUAAUAGAACCUCAUCAAAAAUCGCAAUGUGUUAUUAAUGUACGGGAUAGUCAGCAAGAACCCACCAUGGCAUUUGAUGUCUCAGACUUCUCUGUAGCCCCAUACAGCUCUGUGGAAAAGGUUGACGUGGAGGUUAGUACACUGCAGCGCGGUGAUGAUGUGACAACGGUGGUAUUUGAAGUAUCUGCUUCUAAAGGAACUGUUAUUACAUUAAAUGUUUUGUAUACAUCAGGUUCAGAAAGUUCUCCUAUUCGAAAUAGUGGAUUGGUUUUAUCAGUGAUGUCAUGGCCAGCUGUACGUAUGGGUCCUAUUAAAUGUGAUGUACCUGCUGAAGGUUUGGCACUUCGUGAAACUACAACAUGCACAGCAACAUUGUUUGACUCGGAUAAUCAUUAUGCGGUUGUACAUGAAAGUGAUAUUACUUUUUUUGAAGAGAAAAAAAUGGGAUCUUUUCGUUUUAUUUCAGGUAAACGUGAACUUGUAUUUAAUUUUACAGCACCUACUUCACCUGGGGUAACGGGUUCAGCUUUUUCUCUUCAAGUGACUCUCAGGGAUGAUACAAGUAAUACCUAUUCAGCGAAGUUUCCUUUACUUUUUCCAAAGUUAUCCCCAGUUGCAAGUUCUUCUACAUUGACUUGUAAUAAUGAUAGUAUACCAAUUGCUUGUACAUUACGUGCCGCAGAUGCUAUAGGUCCUGUUUUGUUGAAUCAAGAUCAUUUUCAAAUACAGAUGGAAGUACUUCAAGAAGGAUUAAAUGGUAAUUCCUUGUGGAAGGAAAAUACAAAUAAAUUUGAUAUUAACUUUCAGCAUCUGGAGAAAACAGAUACUGCAGUUCUUUCAUGGAGACUCAAAAUUAAUAAUGCUAUAAAUUUACAACGUUUACAGGUGUAUACUGUGCCAAGUGCUGUAGGAAAUGUAGAAAAACGACGUGAAGGAGUACAGGGAUCACCAUUCAUUUUUGUUUCAGGUAUUAUGCCAAAUGCUGCCUACGUAUCUUUACGUGGAUGUCGAGUUUCUAUGAUAAAUGCUGGUAACCGAACAUUGUGUUACAUUGAUCUUCAUAAUGGUGUAACAGGUGAUGUUCGAUAUUUUAAUCUUGAUAGUACGCUUAAAGCAACUUUUGAGAAUAUAACAUAUAUACCAGUGGAUCCUGUUUUUCGUACCCCAGUGGUGAGUUUUGGAUACAUUGCUCCCCAAGUAGUUACUAGAUCGGAAGAUUUCAUUACGCUUAUGGUAGGUGGACAGAAUGCUAUGCGAUCUCCCUUCCGUAUGAACGUAUUCCCACCACGUACAGAUUCAGAAGAAACUGUUGAAUCCAUUGGAGCACAUAAUGCCGUAAUUAUUGGUUUUGGUCUUGCUUUUUUUGGAGUUAUCAUUGGUACUGGAUUUUUUGUUGCCCUUCAACGUAAUAUCCGAAUGCAUCGCAUUCGAAUUGAACGGGCACUACGCAAAGCCCAAAUGGUACAGCUGGAGGAUCAAGAGGGGCCUUCCAUGGGUGGACAGGUCUCCAUUGAUGUUCUGGAGCACAAAAACCAGGAGAAGGAUCAACAACAACAACAACAACAACAACAUUCACAGCAGCAAAUUUACCAUGAAUCUGAAAGUGACUAG